CGAGAUCAGGGACAUGGCCAAAUCCUACGACCACCUCUUCAAACUCCUGUUGAUCGGGGACAGUGGCGUGGGCAAGACCUGCCUGAUCAUCCGCUUUGCCGAGGAUAACUUCAGCGGCACGUACAUCAGCACUAUUGGGAUCGAUUUCAAAAUCCGGACGGUGGAGAUCGAGGGCAAGAGGAUCAAACUGCAGGUUUGGGACACGGCCGGACAGGAACGCUUCAAAACCAUCACCACAGCAUACUACAGGGGAGCAAUGGGGAUUAUCCUCGUAUAUGAUAUCACUGACUACAAAUCCUUCGAGAACAUCCAGAACUGGAUGAAGAGCAUCAAGGAGAACGCUUCAGCUGGCGUUGAGCGCCUUUUGUUGGGGAACAAAUGUGACAUGGAAACCAAGCGCAAAGUGCCCCGGGAACGAGCAGAGAAGCUGUCCAAGGAGCACGGGAUCCGGUUCUUCGAGACGAGUGCCAAAUCCAGCUUGAACGUGGAAGAGGCCUUCAACACCCUAGCCCGGGACAUCCUUCUGAAAUCAAGCAAGAAAUCGGGUCAAAGCAACAAGGGGCCUGUGGACCUGAAAAGAUCACAGAAAAGCAGCAGCAAAUGUUCCUUGGUGUAGCAGACUACUCUACGACAUCUGGGCCCUUGGCAUC